GCUCUCUAUAUUCCUCCCAAGCCAUGUCGUUAACACUUCCAAGUUGGACGCCUACCACAACUGCCACCUCUACUACAUUGACAAGCAUUGCAACCGACUAUGUGCCCGCAUUAGAAUCAAGUUUAAGCGCAGCAAUAAAUACGAUUACUAAGACAAAUUUAAAACGUAAGGAUUUUGUCACUGCUUCUAGAGUCAUCAGGGGUGCUCAAGCUUCAUUGGCUGCUAUCCUGGGAGAACAAGUCUUGGCUACUGCCACUGCAGAUUCUGUCAAGGCAGAAGCAACCCAGGUCAUUUGGGACGCUACUGAGAAUUUAAAUGCAUUGUUCUGGGAAGAAAACGUUUAUGAUAUUGUCAGUUUAAGCAGACCAGCAAACAUUAUUUUCUUGGUAAUUUUUUCAAUCACAUUCUUAUACACUUUACUUAUGUUAAUAAAAUCAAGAUAUCAUUGGUAUAACGUCGCUUUCACAUGUGGGUUAGCAUUAGAAUUCCUUGGGUUCUUGGGAAGAGUGUUAUCAUUCAGUGACAUGACCAAUGACAAUUAUUUCUUACUUCAAUUGAUUUGUUUGACAUUGGCUCCUGCAUUCUUGAUGGGUGGUAUUUAUUUCCUUUUCGGCCAGUUGGUGGUUAUCCACGGUAGACAAUACUCUUGGCUUAAACCAUUACACUAUUCGUAUAUUUUCAUUGGAUGUGAUGUAUUGUCUUUGGUGAUUCAAGCUGCCGGUGGUGGCCAAGCAAGUAUUGCUUCUCAAAACUAUCAAGAUGCUGAUCCAGGUACAUAUACCAUGAUUGCCGGUAUUGCAUUCCAAGUGUUUGCCAUGUCGAUCUUUUUAAUCUUUUGGUUCACGUUCUGGUUUAAAGUAUAUUUCAAGAUUGACACAACUGGCAACGAAGACAAGAACUUGGGAUACGGCAACAAGUAUCAAAAGAAGUCAUUGUUAAACUACAUCAAAUUAGCUCUCAAUGGUAAGAAUGCUGACGAGUACAAGAGAACCGUAUUGGAUCCAAAUUAUAAUGAAAAAUACUCUUCAAUUAGACUGAGACCACUUUAUAACUACUACAUGCUUGCCAUUUCAAUUGCUGUCAUUGCCAUUUAUAUCAGAUGUGUGUACAGAGUUGUUGAAUUAGCACAAGGGUUCAGUGGAUAUUUGAUUACUCAUGAAGCCUUCGUUAUGACUUUGGAUGCUACCAUGAUUGCCAUUGCUGCUAUUAUAUUUGUUCCAUUCCAUCCACAAAUAGUAAUGGGUGCAAGUAAUGUGAUCAGAUUGAAGUCUAUUUCCAACAAUCACGAUGAGAAAGAUGUGGGCGAUGAAAUAACUUAUGCUGCAGCUGAAGAUAACGCAGAUGGUAAAGGCGCAUCAGAUACUAUUCAAAAAGAAUUUGAGUAUGAAUCUGUAUAAAUGUCACUAGUUACUGUACAUAUAUUCCUUAUUUUUUUGGAAAUGCAAUAUAUUGUUUAAUUUUGCAAUCGCAGUUACUUGACCCAACUUGGGCAAGAAGUAACGAAAUGCUUUUUUGUACAUUUAUGCGGUGUAUUGUUUGUAGAACAAUGGAGAAGCUUAAAAUUUACGAAAGGUUGGUCCAUGU